AUGGAUGAAACAUCAAAUAUCAUACAUAAAGCUGUCACAGAAUUUGGUUGUAUGAGUAAUGAUAGUAAAAUUGAUCGAUAUAUAAAUGAACAUUCGUUACGUUUAUCCGAUGCUCAAAAAUGGUUAUUGAAAAAAACUAAAGAUCAUCCCAAAGCUUACUAUAUAAUAUCAAGUCCUGAAAUGCAACUUUUAGCUAAUAUGUGCUAUGCGAUUAAUGCUAAAAAGACAAUUGAUAUUGGAGUUUAUACUGGAUAUAGUGCAUUGUCUAUAGCUGAAGUAUUACCAUCAGAUGGAUGUGUAUUAGGUUUAGAUAUAACAGAUGAAUAUUUGAAAGAUUAUUGUAUACCAGCAUGGAAAAUGGCUAAUGUAGAAUCGAAAAUUGAUUUUCAACUUGGUGAUGCAACUCAAACUUUACAAAAGUUGAUUGAUAAUGGACAAAGUGAAACAUUUGAUUUUGCUCUUAUCGAUGCUGAUAAACAAAAUUACAGUAAUUAUUACGAAUUAUGUCUGAAACUGAUUCGACCUCGUGGUAUAAUUGCAAUUGAUAAUGUUAUCUGGUCAGGUCUUGUAGUUGAUGAGACAGAUCAAACCUCAGAAACUCUUGGUAUAAGGCAAGUGAACGACUUAGUAGCUGGAGAUAAUCGUGUACGAAUCUCUUUAUUAAAUCUUGGUGAUGGAUUGACAAUUGUUGUGAAAAAAUGA